AUGGUCCGGCGAACAGUUGUACUGUUAGCAACACAGCUUCUGCUCGUCGCUUCCCUACCGGUGGAGCACACAAACUGGCAUCUGGUGCCGGACAGUGAUGGAAGACUACACCUUGUCAACACCAAUCCGUACAAUCUGCCCGAUGAUGCAUCCUCGAUCGCUCCGAAUUUCAAUCCGGAGCAGGAUUUGAUCUUCCGCCUGUUUACUCGCUCGAACCCGACAGCACCGCAGGUGCUGGAGUUUGGGAAUCCCGGUUCUAUUGCCGCCUCCAACUUCAACCCGGCCCACCCAACGCGUUUCACCAUUCACGGGUGGAACAGCAACGGAAACGAUGGCAUGAACACGAACAUCCGAGACCGGUAUCUCAGCAUCGGAGACUUCAAUGUGAUCAGCGUUGAUUGGAGUGCCGGUGCCGUCAACCCGAACUACAUUGCCGCCCGUAACGCUGUCGGGCCGGCCGGUGCAGCGCUGGCGUCCUUCAUCGACCAGCUCGUUGCUGCCGGUGCUUCUGUGGAUAAUACGUACGUGAUCGGGUUCAGUCUGGGUGCGCACGUUGCCGGCAAUGCUGGGAAGGGACAGAAUGGGCAUGUAAACACCGUGAUUGCGCUCGAUCCGGCCGGCCCACUGUUUUCCCUUGGUCAACCGGAUGCCGUUUCACCAGCCGAUGGGCGGUAUGUGGAGAUGAUCAUGACCAACGGAGGUUUGUUGGGCAGCAGUACACCCAUGGGACAGGCCACCUUCACACCGAAUGGGGGACGAUCGCAACCGGGCUGUGGCACCGAUAUUGGCGGUGGUUGUGCACAUGGACGUGCGCCAGCCUUCUAUGCGGAGUCGAUCACCACCUCGGUACCGUUCCGUGCGACGCGUUGCGCCGGUAUACAGGAAGUGGUGGAAGGAAACUGUACACCGAGCGGAGCAGAUGCCAUCAUGGGCGGCGAACCAUCGAACUAUGGACGGGGUGUUACUGGAGUUUACUUCCUUACCACGAACGAUGCGGCACCGUUUGCCAGAGGCUAG